UUGAAAAUGAUGUACACUGCCAAGAAAUGUGGAGUCAGAUUCCAGCCUCCAGCGAUGAUCUUAAUUUAUGAGAAUGAAACCAAGGGGAAGAGUCGCCAGCGGAUCAUGCCAGUACGGAACUUUUCCAAGUUUUCAGAUUGCACCAGAGCCGCUGAACAAUUAAAGAAUAAUCCACGACACAAGUUUUACCUGGAACAGGUGUCUCUGAAGCAGCUCGAGAAGUUGUUCAGAAUAUUACGAGGCUACUUACAAGGACAGAGCUUGGCAGAAACGAUGGAACAAAUUCGACAGGAAACCACCAUUGAUCCCGAGGAGGACCUGAACAAACUAGAAGACAAGGAGCUUGCUAAAAGGAAGAGCAUCAUGGAUCAACUUUUUGAGAAAAAUCAGAAGAAGAGGGAUGAUCCAAAUUUUAUUUAUAACAUUGAGGUUGAGUUCCCACAGAAUGAACAACUGCAGUCCUGUGGCUGGGACACAGAAUCAUCUGAUGACUUCUGA